GGACUAUAUGCUGGUUCCUCACCGGAACUUCAACCUGAUCAAUGAGAUCCGAGACUCCGACAUAUUCGCCGUCACUUAUCCCAAGUCAGGGACGAUCUGGAUGCAGCAGAUUCUGACUCCGAUAGAAGCCAAAGGUGAUGUCACUCCAAACACAGAGCAUCUCAACGCGCAGCGCGUCCCAUGGAUCGAGCUGAUUGGCAGUGAGAAGGAGUUUAACGCCACCCCUUCCACCAGGCUAUGGGUCACCCACCUGCAGUACAAGUUCAUGCCGCUCGCCGUCAGACAAAAGAGGGGAAAGGUGAUCUAUGUGGCCAGAAACCCUAAGGAUGUUCUCGUGUCCUAUUACCACUUCCACAAAUAUGCAGCCAUGCUGGAGAUGCCGAAGGACUUCAAUGAUUUCUUUGAGAAAUUCAUGGAAGGGAAAGUUUUUGGGAACUGUUGGUUUGAGCACAUCAAGACGUGGUACGCUAAUAGAGACAACAUGAACUUCCUCUACAUCACAUAUGAAGAGAUGAUCAAGGACCUGCGCUCCAUGGUGGAGAGGAUGUGCAGGUUUCUAGGGAAGGAUUUGACAGAGGAGCAGAUGGCCAGUGUGGUGGAACACAGCACCCUUAGGACCAUGAAACAGAACCCACAGGCUAACUACAAGACAGUGCCCGACUCCCUGCUUGACCACAAGGGCACGUUUAUGAGGAAAGGAAUGCACGUCACACCUUGGACCAUUGGGGACUGGAAGAACCAUUUCACUGUUGCACAGAGUGAGAGAUUUGACAGUGUCUUCCAGGAGAAGAUGAGGGACCUGCCCCUUUCCUUUACGUGGGACAUAAAUGACGUCAAUAGUGCCACAUGAUGACAUCAUAGUCACGUCUUUCAGGGAUUUUUAAAAUCCUUGUGCAGGCCCCCUGAGCAUUUUUUGGGGGUCACCUAAGUGUAACAGUAUAACUUUAGUACGUCCCCUCGCCCCGACCCGGGCGCGAACCAGGGACCCU